AUGGCGGAUGGCUGGAGGAGAGGUCGGAAGCCCCGCGAUCAUUUUCCAGAAAUACCGGGAAUGCCAAAUAGAAGCGAGCUCAUGAAGCCGUUGAUUUUUCCAAACAACCAGCGAGCUUUCAAAAUUUUCACUGUUAUCGCUACUGUUGGUAAGUGAAGACGAAAUUAUCAUGAGUCUAAAGUCUGUGAAAAAAUGUGGAAAAAUAAGGAUUCCCUGGCCUAAAUGUUUUAGGAAUGGACAGUCGUGUAUCAAUAGCUGAUUUGACAUUUCUCUUACAUUCCCUGGCCAAGUGUUAUUGUGGCGAUUUAACUGGCUAACAUUCCUCUUAUCCCCUUUAACACGGUUUUGGUACCCCCCGGAACUGUUGAAGCCCCCACAGCCGGUAACCAUAGAGGAUAUAACGAGUAGGAAGGUGGGUUGUAAGUUGUGUUUGGGCCUCCAUAGUGAAAGACCCAACUGUAUCAUCAUAUCAUCAUUAUCAUCAUCAUCAUCAUCAUCACCAUCAUCAUUUAUUCAUUUUAUACAAAAUAUACAGGAAAACCCCAUGAAGAGCCUUUCACAGUGGUAUACAAUUAGUCAGCGGAAAGGAAAAGGGAGGGGGAUUGAAGUGGAGUGAGGAGAAAGACCAUGGUGGAAGGGAGUGGAGACUGGGGAAAGUUUUGACAGACAAGAAAGAGUGAUUAUAGUACAAAUGGAAGGCAACAAGGUCCCAAGGACAGAAAGGGGUCUGGCUGCAUGAUGCAUGUUGUCUCCUCUAUCAUUAGCUAAGUCCUUGUAACUUGAGUAAACACCUUUUGGUUAUACUUGAAAACUAUUAUUUUAUGUGUGAUCAUUUGACAGGAGCUUGCUGGUAUUGCAUAUUUGUUCCAGAGUAUAAAGGAGACCACAUUUUCUUACCAGUAAGUAAACCUUGAGUAGCCCACAAAUGAUGCAUUGAUUCACAAGUUAACUUGGAUUGUCAUCACACACUGUCACCAGUGAAGAAAGUGUUACCAUCAGUAUGUCUCCAUCCUUUAUUAGCAGCAUGUUGAGCAUUGAUCAUGACUGUAUAAUCCUAAAAUGUGCCCAUUCUAGGGAAAGCUACUGAACUGUCCUUUCGUGUGGUACUGUUUAUUUAGCUGUACAAGCUGAUUUUACCUUUUAACCCUCGGACGUACAAGGGGGGGGUGGCAUAAUGUUUUUCUGAGUUUUAUCCUAGAGGAUAAAAAAUCAGUACCCGACGUUUUCAGUAGCUGUUCAUUCAUCCCUCGUGCACAUUUUGAGGCAAGUUUAGUGAUGGUCAGUUGCUAUGGUUAUGAGAUAUGAUGUCAUACGUAACAGGUGGUAAAAGCCUAUUUUGGGUGAAAAUACAUGUUUUUUCAACUUCUUUCAGGAAUAAAAGUAAAUCUUGUAGCUAAAAUCAUGCACAGUGCUUAUCUGUUAUUUUUCAUGUAAAGCACAAAAAAUUACCAUUUCUUGCGGUUUUAACCUGAUUUCUAAUUUUUGGUAAAAUCCAAGAUGGCGGCCAAUAUGGCAACCAUUGUUGGUGACGUCACAGGCCUCCAGCAGUGCCACCACCCCUAAAAUAUACUUCAUCUAGUUAAGAAGAUCAAAGGCUUUCCACUAAAGGUAAAACCUUUUCAAAAUCCUGCAAAAUAUCAAACACUCCGGGGAGGGGUUUCAUCCACCCCCCCCCCCCUUGUACCACGGUGGGGGUAUGAAUUUGUGUCUACAUCCAAGGGUUAAGCCUUAAGAUGAAGUCUAAAGUCCUUAAGUGUAACCAUUCAAAUGAAUGCUAUCGGUCAGUAUUUUCCUGAGGUACUGUUUCUCAUACAUUGUACUGUUAGUACAAGAUCAUAACUCUAACUUUUACGCUUAAGUGGAUAAUAUCCUAAACUGGGAUCAUUCAAAUGAAAGAUACUAAUCAGUACUUUCCCCUGGUACAGUUUAUUAGGCUUUGUAAGGCAGUUGUCGCUUUUGUGUCUCUGGAUGCAAACCUUAAGUGUGAGUCACACUGGGAUUUGGCCAUUUGAUAAUAUAGUUUGAACACAAUGUAUUAUGGGAAGAUAGUAAUAUGCUCCUUUAGUGUGACUAUUGAAAUGAAAGCUACUGAGCAGUACUUUCCUGUGGUACUGUUUAUUGUGCUGUUCAAUAUGGCUCUUACUUUUGAGUGUGUGAAUGAGAUCCCAAAGUGGGACCAUUUAAACGAAAGCUACUGAGCAGCACUUUCAUGUGGUAUUGUUUAUUAUUAUAUUCUGUACAAGAUGGUUCUAACUUAAAAGUCUGUGGAUGAAAUCUUAAAGUGAAACCAUUGAAAUGAAAGCUACUGAGCAGUUUUCUCUUCUUUUUUCCCCCUUUUUAGAUCCGAAAGUGGGUGCAUGAACAGAAAGGAAAAUUGCUAAAAAUUAGGCCGGAGGAUGAGGAUUAUGUGAAACAACGGACAGCUGAACUUGCUGCAAAAGCUGAACUGUCUUCAGAGAAAACUGUGAAAGAUGUUGGGCGAGAAAUGACCAGAUCAUGA